AUGCCUCCAAGCCAACGUAUCACCCGCGCCACCGCCGCUAGGCUGCACGCCGACGACGACGAAGACGACAUCAGCACCGAUACAACAAACGCCAAUACCCAACUCCAAUCUCCCCACAACACCGCCGCACACCCUACGCCCGCACGCACAGCCUCCGCCUCUCGCAAGCGUAAGGCUCCCGCGGAGAACUCGCCGCAGGCUACUCGUGAGCCGCGCAAGACCAAGCGUUCACGAGGCAGUCUUGCCAAUCCGGAUCCCGAGCCUAUCACUCCGCAGGAGCCUCUUGAGGUGCCUAAGAGAGGGACGAGGAGGGCGGCCGCCGCCGGGAUGUCCAGUGCUGGGUCUGAUCCGCCACCUCCAACCCCUUCCACGCAUGUCACUGACAUGGACAGGCCGUCUACCGACAACUCAGCGGAGACUUCACCACAGCAGCUCCCGCGUGACUCUUCUCGCCGCAAGUCAAGCCGUCGCAAGACUAAAGAAGGUCGGGCUACUUCAUCCAGUACAUCUCGAAGAGACACUAAUCAGAUCUCAGAUCCACACCCAUCCAGCUCCGCUGCCCCGUCCUCGAGGAAAUCACGGAGAGGCUCGAAGAAGGAUCAGGAUGUGGCCAUGAAAGAUGUGGAUGAGAAGGCGGACGACACACGUCCAGAGACACAGGAGGAGGAUGAGCAGUCACGAGAAGCCGCUGGAGGUGGAGCUGAGAGCAGCGAUGACCCUCCCCGACGCUUUGGCCAUGACGACCUGGACGCUUUGGAUCGAGGAGAAGAUCCAUUCGCUCAUGGGUACCUCGCCCGCUUUGGUGGCCACGCAGGUCUCUCCAGCAGUCUCAGAGCCCUCUCAGGCAUAGUCUCAGGCACCAAUAGCCGCCUUCGCAACAUUCUCGAGCAACUUCGAGCCAAAGAUGACCCGUCAGUCCAGCUCAUUGCCUUGCAAGAUCUAGCGGAGUUGCUCUUGGUCUCGAACGAAGACAACCUAGCAGGCCACUUCGCUCCUGAUCAAUACGUGAAAGAGCUGAUCGCGCUCAUGCAACCCAAUGAUUUCACCGGCGAGGAGAAUCCCGAGAUCAUGCUUCUUGCGUGCCGCUGCAUUGCCAACAUGAUGGAAGCGCUUCCGGCAUCGACUGCGAGCGUGGUCUACGGUGGUGCUGUUCCCAUUCUGUGUCAGAAGUUGCUCGAGAUUCACUACAUCGAUCUGGCAGAGCAGGCGCUUAGCACGCUCGAGAAGAUAUCAGUCGAGUUCCCUUCGUCUAUCGUCCGCGAAGGCGGCUUGACUGCCUGCCUCACGUACUUGGACUUCUUCGCCACCGGCACGCAGAGAACGGCGGUGACAACUGCUGCCAAUUGCUGCCGCAACAUACCGGAAGACUCCUUUCCAACUGUUCGAGAUGUGAUGCCGAUUCUGCUCAACACGCUCGCGAGCAGUGAUCAACGCGUGGUGGAGCAAGCAUCUCUGUGCGUCGCCCGAAUCGUCGACAGCUUCAAGUUCCAUGAGAGCAAGUUGGAGGAGCUCGUGAGCCCAGAGCUGCUCAAGGCAAUUCUUCGCCUGUUGCUUCCUGGCACCACCAAUAUGAUUGGACCGAACAUCCACACCCAGUUCCUGCGCGUCCUCUCUAUCACUUCGCGUGCCAGCCCGAGUCUCUCCGUAGAGCUCUUGAAGAUGAACGUCGUCGACACACUGUACCAGAUCCUAACAGGCGUAUCUCCGCCAGCAGGAAGCGACGGGGCCGCCUUGCAAAUUGACAAGAACGUUAUCAUGCAGUCGAUCAUUCGCACACCACGGGAGCAGAUUUUUGAGACAUUGAACGUCGUCUGUGAACUCCUGCCUACUGUGUCCCAAGACAGCCUCAACUUCCUGGAAGACCUGCAAGAUGCUGGGUACACUGGGCCUGAUCACAUUACCCUGUCAAUGCGUUCCAAGACAGCCUCGAACGAGAAGAGGAUCGAGCUGCUCAAGGACUGUCAUGAUCAAGUCAAGCGAUUCGCGAUUAUCCUAUUCCCCACGCUCAUGCAUGCAUACACCAGCACAGUCAACCUCAGCGUGCGUCAGAAGGUCCUUACGGCACAGUUGAAGAUGCUGUCGAACCUUGACACAAGCAUUCUCGAGGAAGCUCUUCGUGGAGUCACCUACGCAUCACACCUUGCCUCGAUCUUGUCACAGCAGGAGAAUCCCGGCUUGGUCACUUUUGCACUUCAGGCAGCCGAGCUGCUCCUGAAGCGCAUGGAGGCAGUGUAUCGCCCACAGUUCUAUCGCGAGGGCGUCAUGUCCGAAAUCGCGAAGCUCGCCGGCCGUCCAGUCAAGAUGGAAACAAUGACAGACGUGCCCGCAAAGGCUGCCAAUGAGGACACUAUUCCGCCACCUGAAGUUGACGAGCAAGAUGACGACGAGGAUCAGGAUGAAGAGAUCGACCCUAUCGAGGUUGAUGUUGAAGAAGAAGCCUCCGACGAAGACAACGAAGGCGAAGAUGACGACAACAAUGAAAACGAAGACGAUCAGCAUGAUGAGGACGUAGACGACGACGAUGAGCAUGAUGACGACGAAGAAGCCGAGAACGAGCAACACCAUUCUCAGGACUCCGAGCUGCCCUCGCCGAGACCGCGUCGCCUGAUGACUGCUCAAGACAUUGCUACCGUUCGGGCGAAGCGGUUCAUGGAAGCUCACGCCGAAGGAGGCAACGAGGAGAUGCGGACGAAGGCAACCGAAGUUCUCGGUGAAAUCAAGUCUCUUGCAGACCAAUUGAAGCAGUGCUACGACCCGGACAGCACCCGGAGCGGUGUGUCAUACUUCGAGAACCUGGCCAAAUACUUCGAUAACGACGCCCUUCACAGCAUUACCAGCUACGAGCUGAUGACAUCCGGUAUCGUGGAGGUUCUGCUGCACAUAUUCAAUUCCGAGGAUGUGGAGGCUGCGCGAAGUGCUCGAUCUGACUUCCUUGAGGUAUUCAUGGCGAGCUCGAACCAGGCUAAGAUUGCCACUGGAGAUGCCAAAUCGCCGGCUACUGCCUUCAGCGUUCUCAUUCAUAAGCUUCAAGAGCUCCUGAGCCGCGCGGAGCAUUUCGAGGUCCUCACCGUACAUCACAACGCCUUUGAGAGUAGUCGCGGCAGCGCAGCCUCCAUGCUCGCAAAGCAACUUCGUGUGAAGCUGAUUGCGGACGAAGAAUCCGGCAUCCCCCGGCCAUAUAGGAACAUCAUGGUCUCGAUACAAGCUAUUGCUACUUUCACCUCGCUCGCCGACUACCUUCGUCCGCGCAUCAAUCAUGUCGAGCGCCCGCGAGGUGCUCGCCGUGAAGGCAUUACGAGUGCAAUGGCAGCAUACGCAGCAGCUAUGGCCGGACGUAGCGACAGAAUCCCGCCUCCACCUUCAAUGCCAGGAAACCCGCCUGAUAGCUCGUUGCCAACGAGAAGCGCAGGCAAGAAGCCACCUAGAACCAAGUCGACAAAAGCGGAGCCCUCUGGUGGUGCGGAAGCUGAGUCGAGCAAGCCUGAGGGAUCAUCCAGCCGCCCGCUUCGCCGUUCGUCUAGGCGCCACUCUGCGCAAGCUUCCUCGGCGGCGGCACCUCCUGCGGAAUCUCCUCCCCAACCCGCUCCGGAGUUGUCCUCGCAAGACCAGGAUGAGCUCCAGGAAGCACUAGAAUGCGCGGAUGAGACCCAGAUCACUGACGAAGAUGAUGAUGUUGAUGCUGAUCUGGACGCACUGGUCGACGACUUAGAGGAAGGUGGUCUGGAGAGGAACGUGCCCGAUCCGUCAGCUGUGAACAUUGAGACUGGUGCUGGAAAGGUCACCGCUCGGACAGAAGAUGGUACGCGGGUUGCCACGCCUUCGCAAGGUGUACCAACCCCCACUGGUAGAGAUCGUAUAUCCGCAUCAUCUCGCCUUGCGGCGGCGCGCGAGCUGCUCAACACUCCGACAUCGUCCGCUCGCCCAAUGUCUUACGCGGGGGCAGUGGCGGCAACACCGGAGGACUGGCACAUCGAAUUCAGCGUCAACGGACAGCCUGUGUCGAGCGACACUACCAUCUACCGCGCCUGUCACUUCAACCAAGUCCGAGGCGAUGAAGUGACUGGCCGCAGCAUCUGGUCAGCAACCCACACCAUCAGCUUCAAGCGAGUGCAAGGGCCUCCGCCAAAAGAGCGAGAUACCCCAGCCGCACCGUCGCCAGUAGACGGUGUUACUGGUCUGCCACCUUCUCUCGACAAGCAUCCGGUGACCUCCAACAUACUCCGCCUCAUGAGUAUCCUUCACGAGCUGAACGCGAACCUGGAAGACGUCGUCGCUGAGCACAAGAACGCGUCCAGCGUCCACCUCAAUCCAGAGCCGCCAUCGCAGUUCGUCAACACCAAGCUUACCGCGAAGUUGAAUCGACAGUUGGAAGAACCUCUCAUCGUUGCAAGCCAGUGCCUGCCAAGCUGGAGCGAGGAUCUUGCUAGACUUUAUCCAUUCCUGUUCCCUUUCGAGACACGCCACCUAUUCUUGCAAUCAACAUCGUUCGGGUACUCCCGCUUGAUGUUUCGCUGGCAAGGUGAUCAGCAGCACGAUUCUCGACACCGUCACCGCGACGAGCGUCCAUUCUUGGGCAGGAUACAGCGCCAGAAGAUCCGCAUCUCCCGCAGUCGCAUCUUAGAGUCAGCCAUCAAGGUUAUGGAGCUUUAUGGCAGCUCUUCAAGCGUCUUGGAGGUGGAGUAUUUCGAGGAGGUCGGCACGGGCCUUGGACCGACUCUGGAAUUCUACUCGACUGUUUCGAAAGAGUUCUCCAAGAAGAAGACGAAGCUUUGGCGCGAGAACGAGUCCGCAGAUCGCGAUGAGUAUGCAUUCGGCAAGCGCGGUCUCUUCCCAGCUCCGAUGAGCGAGGAGAUGUCUCGCGACGAGAACGGCCAGCGAGUGCUGCAUCUUUUCAAGAUGCUGGGCAAGUUUGUCGCCCGCUCAAUGCUUGACUCGCGCAUCAUCGAUGUGUCCUUCAACCCGACCUUCUUCCGCAUAGGAGAUGGAUCUACCACGGUCACACCAUCUUUGGGCGCUGUCGCCACUGUUGAUCACGAUCUGGCCAACUCACUCAAGAUCCUGCGCAAGUAUGCCAAUGCCAAGCAGCGCAUCGAUGAAGACACGAAGCUGUCCCCAGCGCAGAAGGCCCAGAAAGCCGAGCACAUUCGCAUCAAUGACCUGAAGAUUGAUGAUCUUGCACUGGACUUCACGCUUCCGGGUUACCCGCACAUAGAACUUCAGCCACACGGUGCUAGCAUCGAUGUCACCAUCGACAACGUUGGUGCUUACGUCAAGAAGGUCAUCGAAUUCACUCUUGGCGCUGGUGUGCAGAAGCAACACGAAGCCUUCAGCGCAGGCUUCUCGCAGGUCUUCCCCUACUCGGCACUGAAGGCUUUCACGCCGGAUGAGCUCGUGAUGCUUUUCGGACGUGUGGAGGAGGACUGGAGGCUUGAGACUCUCAUGGACUCCAUCAAGGCAGAUCAUGGUUACAACCUGGACAGCAAGAGCGUCCGUAACUUGCUGCAGACCAUGUCCGAGCUGUCUCCACAAGCUCGACGUGACUUCUUGCAGUUCGUCACGGGCAGUCCAAAGCUGCCAAUCGGAGGUAUGUGUGGUCUUCGCCCUCUACUUGCAACCGCUCAAUGCUGACUAUUUUUGCAGGUUUCAAGUCGCUGACGCCCAUGUUCACCGUCGUCUGCAAGCCUGCCGAGCCACCCUACGCCUCGGACGACUAUCUUCCCAGCGUCAUGACUUGUGUCAACUAUCUCAAGAUGCCAGACUACAGCUCGCUGGAUGUCCUCAAGCAGAAGUUGAACGUCGCCAUCAAGGAAGGACAAGGAGCCUUCCAUCUUUCCUAA